CGCCCCGCUGCCGGCGCCGUCGUGGCGUCCACUUCCUGGCCCUCCCCACCUUCAGCGAGACCAACGAGAGGACACCGCCUGCAUCUAGAGCAGCCUGACAGGAACGUAACCGAGUGGCGCGCGAACGUGGGAGGAAAACCGUGCGCGGCUGCGCUUUCCCGCCCCUGAGCCGUUCUAGACGCGGGGAAAAUGCUUUCUGAAAGCAGUUCGUUUUUGAAGGGUGUAAUGCUCGGAAGCAUUUUCUGUGCCUUGAUCACUAUGCUAGGACACAUUAAGAUUGGUCAUGGAAAUAGAAUGCACGACCAUGAGCAUCAUCACCUGCAAGCUCCUAAUAAAGAAGAUAUCUUGAAAAUUUCAGAGGAUGAACGCAUGGAGCUCAGUAAGAGCUUUCAGGUAUACUGUAUCAUCCUUGUAAAACCCAAAGAUGUGAGUCUCUGGGCUGCAGUGAAGGAGACUUGGACCAAACACUGUGACAAAGCAGAGUUCUUCAGUUCUGAAAAUGUUAAAGUGUUUGAGUCAAUUAACAUGGAAACAAAUGACAUGUGGUUAAUGAUGAGAAAAGCUUACAAAUACGCCUUUGAUAAAUAUAGAGACCAAUACAACUGGUUCUUCCUUGCACGCCCUACUACAUUUGCUAUUAUUGAAAACUUAAAGUACUUUUUGUUAAAAAAGGAUCCAUCACAACCUUUCUAUCUAGGCCACACUGUGAAAUCUGGAGACCUUGAAUAUGUGAGUGUGGAAGGAGGAAUUGUCUUAAGUAUAGAAUCGAUGAAAAGACUUAACAGCCUUCUCAGUGUCCCAGAGAAGUGUCCUGAACAGGGAGGGAUGAUUUGGAAGAUAUCUGAAGAUAAGCAGUUAGCAGUCUGCCUGAAAUAUGCUGGAGUAUUUGCAGAAAAUGCAGAAGAUUCUGAAGGAAAAGAUGUAUUUAAUACCAAAUCUGUUGGGCUUUUUAUUAAAGAGGCAAUGACUAAUCAACCCAACCAAGUAGUAGAAGGAUGUUGUUCAGAUAUGGCUGUUACUUUUAAUGGACUGACUCCUAAUCAGAUGCAUGUGAUGAUGUAUGGGGUAUACCGUCUUAGGGCAUUUGGGCAUAUUUUCAAUGAUGCAUUGGUUUUCCUACCUCCAAAUGGUUCUGACAAUGACUGAAAAGUGAAACAAGAGCGUGUAUAUGAUCAUUGUAUAGGACAUGUGUUGUCAUUAUUUGUAGUAACAGCUACAUAUCCAACACAGAAAUAUGUUUCUUUUUCAGUUUGGUGGCACUGGUUUAUUCACACAUGGAAGUUUAUUAGUAUAUUUUUAAAUAGGGCAGGGGUUUUUUUUCUUAAAACUCAUGCAAAUUUCAGGUGUGUUGGAAAGAAAUGUUAAAAGAAUAAUAAUUUUACAAAUAAAGGAUAUAUUUAUAAUGUAUUUAUGUGAUAAAUUCUAAAUUAUGAUCAUUAAAAAUCCGUGUGGCACAUAUUUUUGCUGAUUGAUUAAAAAUGUGGCGUGUCUUAUUAGCUUUCUAAGAUAUGCAAAUAAAAUCUCUAGUUGUGAAUUUGUGAUUAAAGUAAAACUUUUCACUGUGUGUUUGUUACUUCUAAUGUUGGUUUAUGUUCUAAGCCUCCACAAGUGCCAGUGGAUUUGCUUUCUUCAAAAUACACAACCAAGCAAUAAAGGAAAUGUUCCCAGCCAGUAUUAAAGUGAAAUUUAAAAUCUAUCCCUGAGAGGAAAAGUGAAAAUUACUUGUAAAGGUUAAUAAUUUUCCUGGGAGCUAAUUUAGUGGCAUUACUCAGCACACACAAUUUCAUUGUAAUUCUCUGUACUUCUCUAUGGCGAUACUGAAAUUGAAGUGGUGACUGUAAAGAAUGUAACAUCAUCUGUAUUGUUUCCCAGUUAAUCUGGCUCUCAGCUGUGGCUUGGAUAAAAGUAUAUCAGUUGAGAUUUAUUUACCACUGCAGAGCAAAUGAGUUCUUUGGAAGUCUCCUUUGAAGAACUUCUUUUGGUAUUUUGGCAGUUUCAUUUACCUGCAUUGAAUCUGUCCUGCUUUUGGUUUACCUGUUCAAAUUCUGAGAUUUUUUUCCCCCCAUGUUCAUGGUUGCACUAUAUUCAACUGUUUUUGGUGUGGAGGCCUUAUCCUCACCAUUCACCUUGGAUUUCUAUACCAUUUGCCUAAUUUCAUGGGCUACCCAUUAGCUUUAUGGAUGGCACAUGCAAUACAGUAUAAAUGUGUGAAAUACUUGGAGCUGACUUGUCCUAUAAUCGGGCCUGCACAUGCCAUAUUAAGUCAGAUCCAUAAGGCCCCAUGGGGUGUGAAACCAUGACAUUUUAGAAAUCAAUAUUUCCUGUAACUGGCCUCAUGAUGUUAAUGGUCUCCCACAGCUUUUGCAAACCAGAAAGAAUUUCAUCAAGACGGCCUUGGGCUUCAAAUUAUCGAUCAUCAGAGUAGUGUGUAAAACCCUUUGUUGCAAUUUAUCUGAUUUCCCUCAUUGGGGAUUUUGAUUAAAACUAGGGGUUAUUAAUUUUGAAAAAUAAGAAAAUCUCUUUAUCAAGCACUCUAAUACAUGGUCUUAGAUAUAAUUACUACAAGUCAAAUCAUGUUCAGUGUGAGUACAGUGAUAAACAGUAUCUCACUGUGAUACCCAGUUCACAAGUGUCACCUUGCCCCCAACACCAAUAUAUUAAUUUUUUUUCUACUGUAUUUAUCACCUUCGAUUAUAUUAGCGUAUCAAGAAAAAGCUGUAAUAAGUAUGUCAGAGACUACAUUCCUAGUAGGUACUAAGGUAACAAUUGCUUUUUAAAGCAAAUUGAUGCUCUUAAUUGUAUUCUUAUACGUGAGUAUUCCUUUAGAAAAUGUUGGUUGCUUACAUAGUAUGCUAUCUCAUUGAACUUGGUUGUACCUAGUCUUGUAGAUAAAAUCUGAAUCAGUAACAUAGAAAAUGGUGCUACUAAGGUCAUGAUUACAAAUUUGAUCACCAUGUAUUCAGUAGCCAAAAACUGUAACCCUAACUCCACUAUGUUAUUGAGGAGAGAGUUGGGAAGAAUGGAGGUCUAAUUGAUCAAGACUGUGAAUAUAUUUGACAUAUGGCUGGCUAAUGGCUA